AUGACUACAAAACGGGGUGGAGGUUUAUUGAGAAUAAAUAAAGCUCAAGGGAGAGGAGGAGGCAAGGCGCUGAACCCUAGUGGUGGCCCAAAUGCAAACCAAUCUGGAGCAUUUACGACUUCAUCGUCACCAAAACCACAUAACAAUAUUUCUUCCGAAGAAUUAAUAAAACGUACUGCACGCGCUAACCGUUUUCGAGAUACUUUGGAUCCAGAUCAAUUAUCAAGAGUAGGCCGUGUUCCAUUUCAUGGACAAAAUUCAAAAAUUAAAAAUGAAGGUCCACCGAUUAAUCCUGUUGAUGACUUUUUUGAAGUACUUUCGAUUUAUCAUCAAACGCAAAUGAUGAUAAAACAAGUUAAUGAUACUCUUCCAUCAGUAAGAAAAAAACUAGCUUGGGAUUUCUUUCACGAAAUGCCUCCUCCAAUUACCCUCAGUACGUUAUAUGAGAAAGGCGAAGCUGAUAAAGAAAUAGAGAAUGAGAAUAAUAUAUUAGAAGCUAAGCCUAAGCCAAAAUCAUUGGAUCUUUCACCCGCCCAAAACUUUUUAGAUGUUGAAAUGGAAGAUGUAGUACAGUUUAUUAAGUCACCAGUUACUUCUGGAUCAAUGGAUGUAGAUGAGGCAUUUCCAUAUAUGCCACCUUUUACUCAGAUACCAUCAUUGUCCAAUUCUCCGACAAUAAAUCAAAAGGAUCAAUCGAUCUUUGGUCAAAUUAUGGCAUCACCAUUUCAACGCCGCUUGAGUGAUUUGACACGUAAAAAUUCUCUUGAACGAAUGAAUUCUAUAAUUCUAACCACUGAAAAGUCAAAUUCUACGCUUUCAAUGGAUGUCGACGACAACUACUCCAAUCAAGACAAAUCUUUUAUAGAGCAAAAUGAUACACUUGUGGGAUCACCUAUUGAUGAGGAGGAGUUUAAACAAAUUAAACAAAUUGAAGAAACUGCAACUGAAACAAUAGAUGAACCUGAUGUUACUAGUGAUACAGAUCCACCAAUAGUUGAUGAACAAGAAAAUGAACUAGAAUCGCCGGAUCUCCCUACGCCAAAAUUAGAUUUAUAUAGUUUAGUCCAUGGUCCACCUCAAUUAACCCAGACCCAACUAUUAAAAGAAGAUAAAAUUAAACAAAGACAAGCUCUAUAUAAAAAAACCAAAGCACUUCCAGAUCGUAUAACAUCCGAGAAAAAGCGAAGAAAAAACGGGUAUGACAAAUUAAUAAAUAAAAAUCGUAAUGUUCAGUGCGUACUUGCACGUAUUGACGAUCAAAAGGCCAAAGCAACAAAAAAGGCACAAGAAGAAGUCGAAUCACGGAGAAAAGUCAUUGAAGCGCACGACGAAGACUACGAAUCCGCCAAAAAAGAAAUAAGACGUCGGAAUCAGAUUUUGGAACGUGUUACGAAUGAAUGCCUCGAACGUGCCAAAAAAGAUCCUAAAUAUAAGUAUUCUAUGACUAAAAUUCAGGAAGAAGCUCUAAUUGAGAUUGAAAACACACCAUCACUUCUUAGAUCAUAA